GUGGCGCGGGGCCCCAGAGAUUGCACUUCUGACCACGUCGUGGGUGAGGCUGCUGUUGCUGCUGGUGGUUCAUCACCACACUUUGAGAACCACUCAUGUAGGCUUAUGACGAGGAAAGAGGCUCGGAGAAAUUGUGCUCGGCCUCGUUGACAAAACCAUUUAGUGGCAGAACUGAUGCGAAAAGCCGGCCUCCCACUUCCUGACUUCCAGGAGAGAGAAAUGUUCCCUGAUGUCCCUAAGUGGGCAAACUGCCAUGAUGUGACCACAUGCCCUAGUGCCUUUCUUGGGAUUUAGUCCCAGACUCUCAGCGCUCCCACCUCUCCUCCUUCACCAUGAAGCUCAAGGACAAGUUCCACUCGCCCAAAAUCAAGCGAACGCCGUCCAAGAAGGGAAAACCAGCUGAGGUGUCGGUGAAAGUCCCGGAGAAGCCUGUGAACAAAAACCUGAGCUGGCUGGAAGAGAAAGAGAAGGAGGUCGUUAGUGCCUUGCGCUACUUCAAGACCAUUGUGGACAAAAUGGCUAUUGAUAAGAAGGUACUGGAGAUGCUUCCAGGGUCAGCCAGUAAGGUGCUGGAGGCCAUCUUACCCCUGGUGCAGAGCGACCCUCGGAUUCAGCACAGCUCAGCCCUCUCCUCCUGCUACAGCCGGGUGUACCAAAGUCUCGCCAACCUCAUCCGCUGGUCUGACCAAGUGAUGCUGGAAGGGGUGAACUCAGAAGACAAAGAGAUGGUCACGACGGUGAAAGGGGUCAUCAAGGCUGUGCUGGACGGAGUGAAGGAGCUGGUCAGACUUACCAUCGAGAAGCAGGGGCAUCCGUCUCCAACCAGCCCAGUGAAACCCAGUUCCCCAGCCUGCAGACCUGACGGCCAGUCUGAGGUCCCCCUGACAGAUCGAGAGAUGGAGAUUCUGAACAAGACAAGUGGCCUGUCCCAGUCAGCCGAGCUGCUUCCAGACUGUACAGAUGAAGAGGUCGCGCCCCCCAAACCCCCCUUACCUGGCAUUCGGGUGGUUGAUAAUAGUCCUCCACCAGCAUUGCCACCGAAGAAAAGACAGUCAGCUCCGUCCCCGACCCGAGUGGCCGUCGUGGCCCCCAUGAGUCGGGCCACCAGUGGUUCCAGUUUGCCCGUUGGAAUUAAUAGGCAGGAUUUUGACGUGGACUGUUACACACAGAGGCGGCUGUCAGGAGGCAGCCACUCAUACGGCGGAGAAUCGCCCCGCCUGUCCCCCUGCAGCAGCAUGGGCAAGCUCAGCAAGUCAGACGAGCAGCUGUCCUCUCUGGACAGGGACAGCGGGCAGUGCUCCCGGAACACAAGCUGUGAAACACUAGAUCACUAUGAUCCCGACUACGAAUUCCUUCAGCAAGACCUCUCUAAUGCAGACCAGAUACCUCAGCAAGUGGCCUGUAAUCUUAGCCCGUUGCCGGAGUCCUUGGGAGAGUCUGGGUCUCCGUUCCUCGGCCAUCCCUUCCAGUUGUCCCCGGCACCUGGCAGCUGUCCCCAGCAAGAGGGGUCCUCAGCUCCAGGACAGCAGAUGGACAUGCCGCCUGCCCUCCCCGAGAAGAAGCGCAGGAGCGCGGCCUCGCAGACCACGGACAGCUCUGGCUGCAGGGUGUCCUAUGAGCGACACCCCUCGCAAUACGACAACAUCUCUGAGGUUGACCUGCAGAACCCAGCCUCGGCCCCGUCUGUCCCCUUCACGCCCUUUGCUGCUGUUCUCCCCUUUCAGCAAGGAGGAUCCCCAGCCUCUGUCGAGUUUGUGGGUGACUUCACCGUUCCUGAAUCAUCGGGUGACCCGGAAAAACCGCCUCCUCUACCAGAGAAGAAAAACAAACACAUGCUGGCCUACAUGCAGCUGCUGGAGGACUACUCGGAGCCGCAGCCGUCCGUGUUCUACCAGACGCCGCAGAACGAGCACAUCUACCAGCAGAAGAACAAGCUCCUCAUGGAGGUGUACGGCUUCAACGACUCCUUCAGCGCCGAGGCCCCGCAGGAGCUGGCCCCGCCCCCCGCCCUGCCCCCCAAGCAGCGGCAGCUGUAUAAAUCUGUGUUUAGGUCCUACUCCCAGGAUUUCGUGCCUCACAACCAAGCUUCCGUUCAGCCUUUCCUCCCGUCUACCCCCUCUUCCUCUCCACACUUCCCGCCCGUCCACCAGUCUCAGAGCUCUGACUUAGCGGUGCCGACCGUGGCCAGUCUGCCUCCCAGCACCGUGGACGGGCCUCUCUCGUCUUCUCAGGAGAGCAGCUUUCAUGGGAACACUGUCUGCCUUCCUUCCGAAACCUCUCUCACUGACUCGCCCCCGACGCCUUCGAGUGAAAACGCCAGCGAGGAGGCUGGUGAGGGUGAAUACGUCAAUCUGUAUUCCUCUGGCCAGAGCAGCGAGGAGCUGCCUCACUCCCGAGGAGAAUCACCAGCUACGAAAGACGGACAUCCCAGAGACCCCGCAUUGGGCAGCGGCGCACCUGGGAAGGAGAGCAGAGACGGCGAAAGGGCCCCAGGGUCACCAGAUGCUUCGGAGUUGGCUCGGUCGGAGGAGGAAGCUGACGAGCUGUCCCUCAUCGAUCAUGAUGAAAUCAUGGCGAGGCUGACACUGAAGCAAGAGGGUGACGAUGGGCCGGACGUCCGUGGCGGGUCCGGAGAUAUCCUGCUGGUGCACGCUACUGAGACAGACAGGAAAGACUUGGUGUUGUACUGUGAGGCCUUCUUGACCACCUACAGGACCUUCAUCACCCCAGAGGAGCUCAUCAAGAAGCUGCAGUACAGGUACGAGAAGUUCUCUCCCUUCGCCGACACGUUCAAGAAACGCGUGAGCAAGAACACGUUCUUCGUGCUGGUGCGGGUGGUGGAUGAGCUCUGCCUAGUGGAGUUGACAGAAGAGAUCUUGAAGCUGUUGAUGGAACUGGUCUUUCGCUUGGUGUGCAACGGGGAGCUCAGCCUGGCGCGCGUGCUCCGGAAGAACAUUCUGGACAAGGUGGACCAGAAGAAGCUGCUCAGGUGUGCCAACUCCGACCAGCCCCUGGCAGCCAGGGGGGUGGCCGCCAGGCCGGGGACGUUACACGACUUCCACAGCCAUGAGAUAGCUGAGCAGCUGACCCUGCUGGACGCUGAGCUCUUUUAUAAAAUAGAGAUUCCUGAGGUUUUGCUUUGGGCCAAAGAGCAGAAUGAGGAGAAAAGCCCCAACUUGACCCAGUUCACGGAGCACUUCAACAACAUGUCUUACUGGGUCCGCUCAAUAAUCAUGUUACAAGAAAAAGCCCAGGACAGGGAGCGGCUGCUGUUGAAGUUCAUCAAGAUCAUGAAGCACCUACGGAAGCUGAACAACUUUAACUCCUACCUGGCCAUCCUCUCGGCACUGGACUCGGCGCCCAUCCGCAGGCUGGAGUGGCAGAAACAGACCUCGGAGGGCCUGGCCGAGUACUGCACACUGAUCGACAGCUCGUCCUCCUUCCGCGCCUACCGGGCCGCCCUCUCCGAGGUGGAGCCCCCCUGCAUCCCGUACCUGGGGCUUAUCCUGCAGGACCUCACCUUUGUUCACCUGGGAAACCCAGACUAUAUCGACGGGAAGGUGAACUUUUCCAAACGGUGGCAGCAGUUCAACAUCCUGGACAGCAUGCGAUGCUUCCAGCAAGCGCACUACGACAUCCGGAGAAACGACGACAUCAUCAACUUCUUCAAUGACUUCAGCGACCACCUGGCGGAGGAGGCGCUGUGGGAACUGUCUCUGAAGAUCAAGCCCAGGAACAUAACGAGGAGAAAAACAGACCGGGAGGAGAAAACCUAGAAGCGGGUGGCACGAGCGAGGAGAACACGGCUCGAGAGGGGCCCCGAGGGCGGCUCCGAGACCGGGAGGGACGUUGGACCUGUCCCCGGGCAGGCUGCACGCGUCCUGGCCCCGAGGCCCAGCCAGCCCUCGGCUGUGACGGGUGGGAGCCCCGGCAGCCUCCCGGCCCCGCGGGAGCAGACGCCAGGCCCGCAGUGGAGCCAGCAGGCGGGUCUCGUUCCCGAUUUGUGAACCCGUGGUGUUGGUUUCUGCUUUCACUUCUGUGUCCCCCUCCGCACCCCUCCCCCGCCUGGCAACAGCACAGGGAUGUCAGCAGACAGGGUGGGGUGGGGAUGGUGGCCUCUUCGCCCCCCCCCCCCCGGGUCCUAGGGUCCUGGAUCUGCUGACGUGACACACAGGUAGAGGACCCUCGCAAGGCGGGGGGCUGGACUCCCAGUGACCUGGAAUGAAGGGGACUUCCGGUCGGGUGGGCAGAGAGCAGAGAAGACCCGGGGAGGCUCCUUCCACUUCCCCCACCCUGCUUUUUAACAUGCAAAAUGGCGUGAGCUUCGUAUGUGGCCCCAAAAGGUUCUUCCGGCAGGUGGCCUUUCAGCAGGCCCGGAGCUGGUGCUCCCGUCACGGUACUGGCCCUCACGGUGGUCCCCCGUCUGUCCCUUCAUCGUCCCUGUCACCUAGCGCUCUGGGGAGUGGGCAGAGGGAGGAGCAAAGGAGGACUUCUGUUUCAUCUGAGCUGGGGCCGGGAGCUCCCGGGGGAGUGAAUGUGGAGAGCGGAGGGGUGUUUCUGUCCUGGGGAAGGCCCGCGGCCCCCUCCUCUGUCACUUGCUGUGUGCCUUAAACUCCAUCUCCUGUCCCCCCUGCCCCGUGGGCUCCCCUCCUACCUGCCUCCAUCGGGUGGAGCCAGGGCUGCUCCGCCCUGAGAGGACAGGGCCCGGCCUGGCUACGGCAGCGUCUACCCGGGGCAGGCUUGCUUUCUCCUCCGGCAGAGCGUCUUCCUUGUUGGAAACCCCUCUCGCUGCUGAGGUUGACGGUCCGAGGCAGGGAGCUCUCCGCACACAGAGGGGCCGGGCGGCUGCCCCCACGCCUCUCGUGUCCUGGUCUGUGGCUGAGCGCUCGCUUCUCCUGGGCUCAGGACUUGGUCAAGCAAAUGCCGGGAUCUAACUUCCUAAACGACCAGUCCCUUUGAGUCCCUCAUGGGUUUCGAACAGCUCCCUUCACUUGUUUGUGGUCCUGUAUGUGGAGGGGGGAACAUCUGUGAAUUGCCAGUGACGCCCCUCUGGUGGCGAUCUUGUGGCCACAGGCCGGAACGUGUCGCUUUCUUGUUUGAAGUGUGUGGUUCAGUGCUGAGGGUGGGCUUGCUUCCCACUUGGAACCUCUCGCUGCAGUCUUGUCCUCUCCCUUCCCGUCACGCCUCCCUCCACCCCAGCUCUGCUGAAUGCUGUCGUGUGCACGCAUGGGGGCCACCGUGCCACAAAUAACUGACGCCGUGUCUCCGCCACACACGUGGUCAGGUGGGUGUCCAUGGUCAGGGUCUGGCGACCGGCCAGGCAGGGGGAUGCAGCGUGGCGGGGACGAGGGGCCCGUGUGUCAGGGCGACCCUGUGUGAGGACCGCAGGGGCAACGUGUGCUUAACUUAUUGGCUGGCGGGCUUCCCGCCCCGUGCCUCGCUGAGGCGCCCUCGGGGCUCUGGGAGCUGCAGACCCUGUGCCGUCACCGCAGCCUGCCCGUGACUUUCUGCCUCGGGAGGAAAGUCAUUCUCACCUGCAGGUGGGGCCGGGGCCAGCGGCAGGGCAGGCACACGCCAGGUCAGCACGAACCCAGCUCUCCAGAAGCACCUCCACACACGCCCCCGCGACGUUCGUUGUAAGAUAUAUAUAUCCCCCACUAACCUGGCUGAUAGCAGCAUCUUCCUGCAGACAUUUCAAACCUGUAACUUUUAUAUGAGAGGAAAAUAAACACAGACGAAAGCGUCCAA